AUGAUGCUGGACAACACAGACAAGGACACCCACGACAAAGAUGGCCAGGAUAAGAAAAAGCGCGUCGACCUUACGUUGGAUUUGGGGUCUGACAGGCGCGCAGCUCAUUUUGGUCUACGCGGACGCUCAAGGAUUGUUUAUGUUUUUUCAGUGAAGAGUCAAGCGCUAUCGGCCCUGCCGCAGCUUUCUCAUUCUCUCAACGAAUCCACCGGAUUGGCUGCCAAGCUCUUUUGGCCUGAAGUAGCACAGCAGAACGAGCCCGGGAUCCUCGAAGAGGUCUACAAGAUUGCGACUCAAGAUCCGGAUGUGUUGGGCCAUGUUCCAGACAUGGUCUGGUUCCACAAGCAUGAAGUAUCAUCCACGGCGACAAUCAGGAGGGUUCUAGGAAUCGACGACGCGGGUAGCCGGGUUCUAUAUAUCAUCGUGUUCAGAAAGCUUGACCCAAUCACGACGCUGAACGGGGAGGAGUUCCUCCUCGCAUGGUGGGAAGUCGUCAAGUGCCAUCGUGCCCUCUGGAAGAAUGGCGUGCAUCACCGCGACAUCAGCCCCAGCAAUCUAAUGGGAUACCGCUUACGUGGUCGAUUCAUCAGUGUCCUCAAUGACUUCGACUUGUCGAUCAAACAAAUUUUGUCCUUGAUUCAAGACGCUCCAAAAGGCUUUGAACGCACAGGAACGGUACCGUUCAUGGCAUUAGAACUUCUUACACCUGAAGCCAUCGCAGGCGAAGUCGAGCACGUGUACAGGCAUGAUGCUGAAUCGUUCAUCUGGGUCCUCACCUGGGUCUGCCUUCAGUAUGAGAAGGGAAAGCUCCUCAGCAAGGGCAGACCACUGGGUGAAUGGCUGACGGUGGAUGCCAAGGGAUGCCAUGAGAAAAAAUCCAGCUUCAUUGUUCAGGGGGCGGACAGGAAAAAUUUGCGGAAACCGAUAUCGCAUAGUGUGUCCUGGGAGGUUGCAAAGAAGUGCUUAUGGGUGAUUCUCAAACAUGCAGGCUCCUGGAUUCCUUCCUUCACCAAUGAUGAAGAAGUGUUCCAGAUAUGGCUCCGGGAUCAUGUGCCGAAAUGUAUCAUUCAAGCCGAUCGCUUGUCCUAUGCAAUGUAA